AUGAGGAGAGGCUGCUGGCAGCACAGGCACGGGCAGCAACGGGUGGCAACGGGCAGCACAGGCUCGGGCAGCAGCAGGCAGCAACGGGCAGCACAGGCACAGGCAGCAACGGGCGGCAACAGGCAGCUCAGGCACGGGCUGCGACAGGCAGCACAGGCACGGGCAGCAACGGGCGGCAACAGGCAGCACAGGCACGGGCAGCAACAAGCAGCAACGGGCAGCACAGGCACGGGAAGCAACAGGCAGCAACGGGCAGCACAGGCACGGGCAGCAACGGGCGGCAACAGGCAGCACAGGCACAGGCAGCAACAGGCAGCAACAGGCAGCACAGGCAAAGGCAGCAACAGGCAGCACAGGCACUGGCAGCAACGGGCGGCAACGGGCAGCACAGGCACGGGCAGCAACAGGCAGCAACAGGCAGCACAGGCACGGGCAGCAACGACGGCAAUGGGCAGCACAGGCACAGGCAGCAACGGGCGGCAACAGGCAGCACAGGCACAGGCAAUGACAGGCAGCACAGGCACGGGCAGCAACGGGCGGCAACAGGCAGCACAGGCACGCGCAGCAACAGGCACGCGCAGCAACAGGCAGCAACGGGCAGCACAGGCACGGGAAGCAACGGGCAUGGGAAGCAACGGGCAGCAACAGGCAGCACAGGCACGGGCAGCAACGGGCGGCAACGGGCAGCACAGGCUCGGGCAGCAGCAGCCAGCAGCGGGCAGCACAGGCACAGGCAGCAACGGGCGGCAACAGGCAGCACAGGCACGGACAGCGACAGGCAGCACAGGCACGGGCAGCAACGGGCGGCAACAGGCAACACAGGCACGGGCAGCAACAGGCAGCAACGGGCAGCACAAGCACGGGCAGCAACAGGCAGCACAAGCACGGGCAGCAACGGGCGGCAACAGGCAGCACAGGCACGGCCAGCAACAGGCAGCAACAGGCAGCACGGGCACGGGCAGCGACAGGCAGCACAGGCACGGGCAGCAACGGGCGGCAACAGGCAGCACAGGCACGGGCAGCAGCAGGAAGCAGCGGGCAGCACAGGCACAGGCAGCAACUGGCGGCAACAGGCAGCACAGGCACGGGCAGCGACAGGCAGCACAGGCAGCACAGGCACGGGAAGCAACAGGCAGCAACGGGCAGCACAGGCACGGGCAGCAACGGGCGACAACAGGCAGCACAGGCACAGGCAGCAACAGGCAGCAACGGGCAGCAACAGGCAGCACAGGCACGGGCAGCGACAAGCAGCACAGGCACGGGCAGCAACGGGCGGCAACAGGCAGCACAGGCACGGGCAGCAACAGGCGGCAACGGGCAGCACAGGCACAGACAACAACGGGCAGCAACAGGCAGCACAGGCACGGGCAGCGACAGGCAGCACAGGCACGGGCAGCAACGGGCGGCAACAGGCAGCACAGGCACGGGCAGCAACAGGCAGCAACAGGCAACACAGGCACGGGCAGCAACAGGCAGCAACGGGCAGCAUAG